AUGUCGUCUCACAGCCGAAACAUCAGUGGAAGCAGCCACAUUUCUCUGCUCUGUCUCCCUAGCCCCAUUGAGCUAGACGAGGAUCAUACCUUCUCCAAAACAUCUCUCUACCCCCUCGAUCACACAGACUACGAGCCAUGCCGUAAGCGAAUCAUCAACACCAGCUUCGGUGCUCGUCAGAUCAUCCGUUUCAUCAAUCAUCUCGAGACUCAUGAUCCCGCCCAGCACGAUGCCGCGGUUAAAAGGCUUAUCGAGAUUGGUGUCGAGGUGGAUGACCUAGUCCGUCUUUCUAAGCGCCGAGCUGAGGUUCCGUGGGAAGAGAGUUGGCCUUAUAACUGGGAGAAGAAGGAAGGCUUAGUGUUGGGAUACAUGAAGAGGAACUUGCCUCGUUGGAUUGCGAUUAUGAAAAAGACAGAGGCUCGAGAGGCUGCUGAAGCUAUGGGUGAGACUCUUGAAGACGAUGAUUCAGACGACUAUAUCACCGCUGAUGAGAUGGACGAGACUCACGCUACCCAGAAGGAUGAGGGUCGUCCAAGCGAAGGAGUGCAGGAGUUUGUGGAUGUCGAAGAGACGGAAGGUUCUCCAGCUAAGGACGAUGACAUCUAUAGUGAGUCGCGUCUUCCUAAAGGUUCUAUGACUCUCAGGGAGUUGAUUGCGUCUUAUCGCAAGGCCCAUGCGGAACAGAAGCGAGCUGAACGGAUGCAGGAUCAGUAG